AUGUAUCGGGUAUCUUUUUCCAUUGGCCGAAGUUAUGUUGAUGAGGCAUUGUGUGAUAUAGUUGAGAUGGAUGCUUGUCAUAUGCUGAUAGGUAGGCCGUGGCAGUUUGAUGUUGAUGCCACACACAAAGGGAAGGAUAACGUUUAUGUCUUUAAGAAGGAUGGUCGCCAAAUUGUGCUCAAGCCUUUAACCGAGAAGGGGCCAAACAAAACAAUUGUUGCUAAAAAGAAGACAUUUUUAGCCAUUGACAACAAAGAUUUUAUAAAAGAUGUGAAGCAGUCUGACGAGGUUUAUGCUCUUACUGUAUCAGGAAGCGAGGAUUCUGCCUCCACCAAAAUUCCACCUGAAGUACAAACACUCUUGCAACAAUUUGAUGUAGUUAUGCCUAACGAACUUCCUUUUGAAUUACCAAUGCUUCGAGAUGUUCAACAUCAAAUUGACAUCAUCCCUGGAUCCCGGCUACCGAAUCUGCCAUACUAUCGGAUGAGCCCGAAGGAAGGAGAGAUCUUGCAGAAAGAGGUGUAUGAUCUCAUCCAGAAAGGCCUUAUAUGA